UUGCCACACUUUGUUUUUGCAUGGGGGCACGUCUGUUACACGAAAUAGGGAAGAAAAUCUAAACGGCAACGUUGGAACGGCCAUUAAACUCAAGUGAACACCAUUCAUAAACAAAUAUCAGCCGCAUCACAAGUCGCAAAUUUGCCGGAAAAUGCAGUUUUGAGAAAAAUCGCCACAAGAGUGCUCGUUGUCCUGGAACAACUCCAGGGUCUGUCUGGUGACCCUUGACCUGGACGGGGCGUGUGACCGAUGGUCAAGAUGGACCCAAACGACAGCAGUUUGCCGCUGCACAACAAUUACUCCGGGCUGAUAAUCGAGCGAAUCCGCGAAGAUGGUAGCAAAGUUGAAGCUUCUCUGCCCCAUUUGAAUCCUGUUGGUUCUGACAAGUCGAGGAACAUGACGUGCAUGGCACUUGAAGUCUGCGUUGUUUGCGGUGAUAGAGCCUCUGGUCGCCAUUAUGGAGCUAUUAGCUGCGAAGGCUGCAAAGGCUUCUUCAAAAGGUCUAUCCGAAAACAACUCGGGUACCAGUGUAGGGGUAGCAAAAAUUGCGAAGUGACCAAACACCACCGCAAUCGCUGUCAGUUUUGUCGUCUCCAAAAGUGCCUUGCUAUGGGGAUGAGAAGUGACUGUAAGGAUCUCAAACACUUGCCUGGUGCUGUUCAGCAUGAACGAAAGCCAAUCUCGGUUGUCAGAGAGCCAGGAAGUGGAUCAUCCUCCACUAGUACUUCUGCACUCCAUCACGGGAACUCCGCAUCAAGAUCAUUUGGGGGCCUUGAUGUCCGAGCUCCUCCCGGAAUAAGUUUUUCUGAAUUGGGCCUUGUAGGCCAGCUGUUAGCAGGAGUUUCUGGAAAAAGUUAUGAUGGGAAUAGCCAAAGCUAUUCACCAGCUGCAAGUGGCGACGAAGAAGCGUCAGUUAGUAGUUCAGGUGACUAUAACGAGUCACAUCACCCAACCCCUGACCUCAUAUCUCAAGCAUUAGAAAAUAUGGUCAAGACCUUGCGGCAAAAUGAUUCGUUGGACGUGUCCAUGGAAUGUAUUGACCAAUCAUCGUGCGAGGAGCCUUUGAUAACGGAGGAGAAUGUUCCGUUUAAUUUGCAAACACCCACUCUACUGCCGCAAUAUUUCAACGCCCACUACUGCUGUGAGAGUGCUUCAAGACUGCUCUUCUUAUCCCUUCACUGGGCAAGGAACAUAUCCGUGUUCCGCAUGCAAAGCUCAGAGGCUCAAAUAGACCUUGUUAAAAGUUGUUGGGGCGAACUUUUUGCCCUUGGACUUGCUCAGUGCUCUGGAGUGCUAGCACUUCCUGAUAUUUUCUCAUACAUUGUGCAGAACCUCCAGAGCUCACUUGUACAGGAUAGUUACUCUGCUCAAAAAGUCAAAGAGAUCGCGGAUCAUAUCAGCAAGCUCCACAUAUUUGUGAAUACAAUGCAAAAGUUGAACGUCACAGAUAAGGAAUAUGCAUAUUUAAAGACUAUUUCGCUCCUUAAUCCAGACAUUCCUGGAUUCCAGAGUGCAAACAUUGUAUCGCAGCAUCAAUUGAGGGUGAUGAGAGAAUUCCAGAGCUAUCUCAAAUCUCAAUGCCCCGCGUCAGGAGAGUUGAGAUUUAGUCAGCUGAUUCUGAGAGCAGCUUCACUGAAAAAGUUACAUUCUCAAGUCCUUGAAGAAAUUUUCUUUGCCAGGCUGAUUGGAAGUGUUCAAAUCGAUAGCGUAGUCCCAUACAUUUUGAGAAUGGAAAACAACGUCAACAAUGGCCAGUUGGAAAAUCACAAUGCAGAUGAAGCAUCAUCAGAUUGUAAAAUCAAAACGGAAGCAGUUGAUUUAGACGAGGAUGAAAAUAUAUGCGAAGAAGAGGAGGACCUAGUCGAUUCAGACUAGUGCUGCUUUUACUAGCUUGUAAAUCAGCCUGUGCCUUCUCACUGCUCUAGGAUCAACACUCACUCUCUGCUCUGUGAUUUAAUAGUGCCCUGUUCAAAUCACUGGACUCGCUCGAUCGACAACUGAUAUUUUUAAAAGCGGACCUAAAACUUUCUUUUUAAGUGUUUUUAAAAUGACGAUUGAGCUUAUGUACUUAAAAUGUGUAUAAUAGAGUAAUUAAUACUGUUUUUGUCCAAAUACUUCCAUUAGAUAUUUUUGGGGUUGGAAUAAACUAGAUCUUUAAUGAA